CAAAUUUUAUGGCAUACAGAUUAUAUCUCAAACAUCUAGUUAAAAAAAAAAAAGCCAGAUUUGGCCCAACGACGGAGUCUGUCAAUGCCCAGACUACACCAUCCCAAGAAAACAAGGCCUGGGAGAAACAGAACAACAGAAGGUUCCUUCUUAGUCGUUGAGCCUGUGAGGGUCCCGGUCAUGACCGUGUACAGACUUCAUCAAGGGCAGGCUCGACCAGAUGAGGUCUGUAGGCAUUUGUAGAGAGCCUCCUGGUCCAGAUGACGCCUCACUGCAUUACAGUGGGAAUGUGGGCUCCUGUUCUCAACACAAGCCUGUGGCCACAGGAGAUGCCAUCAGGGGCACGACCCUGGGUGGCGACCGCUCCUAACCCCAUGUCUCUCCACCAGGGCGAGAAGUCCUUUUUCCUGCAGCCUGGAGAGCGACUGGAACGAGGCAUCCAGGAUGUGUACGUGCUGUCAGAGCAUCAGGGACUGCUGCUGAGGGCCCUGCAGCCCCUGGAGGAGGGAGAAGAAGGAGAGAAGGUCUCCCGCCAGGCUGGGGACCGCUGGCUCAUCCGCGGACCCCUGGAGUACGUGCCCUCUGCCAAGGUGGAGGUGGUGGAGGAGCGUCAGGCCAUCCCUCUGGAUGAGAACGAGGGCAUCUACGUGCAGGAUGUCAAGACUGGAAGGGUACGUGCUGUGAUUGGAAGCACCUACAUGCUGACCCAGGACGAAGUCCUGUGGGAAAAAGAGCUGCCUCCAGGGGUGGAGGAGUUGCUGAACAAGGGGCAGGACCCUCUGGCAGACAGGGGUGAGAAGGAGACAUCCAAGACCCCUCAGCCCACCACUGUCCGGAACAAGACCCGUGUGGUCAGGUACCGGGUCCCUCACAACGCAGCCGUGCAGGUGUAUGACUACCGGGAG